CGAGCACAGAUAAAUUGCAAACAGAUUCAAAUUAAAUAAUUUAUAAGGAAAUGAACAGAAGAGAGAUUAUUGAUAAGUUCGCCCAGAACCAGGGUAAAAUAGAGAGACUGGUCGCAGCGAAAGAUAUAACUGGAAAAACUUUGAGGACACCUAGAAAAGGAUCUCCAUGUCGUAAAACAAGGCAUUUAAAGAAAGCCGUCUCUUUUUCAAAAACUCAUACAGUUCAUCAUCCAAAUCAUGUUGUUCAAGAGCCCGAUCCACUUGACCCUGCAAACUACAAAUCAAAUAAAUCUGAGUUUUAUUGGAAGCUGCAUGAUCUCACCCUGAAAGUUAAAGACUACGUGUCUAAUUUCAAGCCAAUAAUUAAGAAGGAUCCGAUAGAAGAAUUGAUCACGAAAGCUAUGAAUAAUUCUAAUAAGAAAAUUCUCCUGAGGAAGGCCUCACUGAAGAAGAUACACAAGAAGGCAACCUUGAUUCCAUUGUCAAGAUGAGAUAGUGUAGUCAGCUUCUCAAGGCGAAGCAUGAAGAAGCCGAAUAAGAAUGCGUGCUCAAGAGAUGAUUUGGUCAUUCAUGUUCAGGACUGCCAGUCCCAGGCCGAUCCUUACUUUUCAUACUCACCCAUUAAGAAGAUGCCUACGACAUUCUUCUCAAAACGGGUGAAGGAGACUCCUUCAGUCUCUUCAGAUAGUUCUCUCAAGAGCGAAAUUGAGGAGGACGAACUCGACAAUUGUAUGACCCCUGAAACUGUAUUCUUCGCACCGAAAGACUCCAGAGAUAGGUUAGAAUCCUUCCAAAAGCCAGUUGAUUUCCUUUCAGAAACGGAUGAGAAAUCUGUGGUAAAGAAAGAGAGCGGAGUUUUACCUCCUGAGAACAAGUUUAUCCAGAGAGCUGUUGUUCAAAAAUCUCCAAAAGAUAAAGACGCUAUUCAUGAGAACAUGAAUAACGCGAUAACGCUUGUUGAUAUGACUACAAGAGAUUUUCAACCAAUUCAGCUGUCGUCAAAGGUCAGGGAGACUUAUAUAGACAAGGUUGAGGCCAGUAUGACUGGAUCUCCUUCCUCAAAUCCGAGCCAGGCUGAUGCAACAACAGAAGCAAGAACAAAUCUCCCAGAAAUCAGGCCUCGGUCAAAAUUAUGAUUCAAUCCUAAACUAAAGUUGAUUAAAGUGAAGAGCUCUAAAGCAUCUCCUUCUAAACAUUUUUUGGAUAAUAUUGCAAAGGAGAUCAAAGAAGAGCCCUGAACCUCUCGAGAUAAAGCUAGCAUACAGUCGAGAUUACAAAAGAUCUUCACUAACAGGAAGAUCUUGAGGUCCAAGAGCCAAGCAAAUUCUCUUGCUAGCCCCCUGACUAGUAGCCCAUACAUUAAAAGGAGUAUAUUAAGGACGAGCAAAAGCAAGUCAAUCAAAAACUUUAUAGAGCAGCGUAAAAAGGCCAUGAUUAGCCCCAAGAAGAUGCUAAGAUUCUCAUCGAUGAGCGAGAUCAGUUCCAAACUCAUAUCGUAUGUUUAA